CUGCAGCAGAAGAACCCCUCCUUUCCUGCCCAGCUCUUCCCCUGGGGCUCUCUUGCGCUUCUUCUUUCUUGCCAUCUAUCUGACAAGGAAAGCCUGCAGGGGGGAAGGAGGGUUAGCAGGAGGGCCCCUUGCUUGGUGCCAGCCCUUGAGCCCCGGCGGGGGAGGUCUCUGUCUUGCCCUGUGCAUAAGGGGCCGCUGCGCCUCCUCUCGCCUGCAGAGCAUCGCAGCCUCCCAGGGAACAGCAGCCAUCUGCUCUGAAGCUCCGCUGCUGCUGCUGCCAUGGAUCUGUCCAGACUGUGGCACCUGGCUGCUGUCUUUUGUCUCACCUACCUCCUCCUCAAAGCCAUCCAGCUCCACCGACGACGGCAGGAGCUCUUGAAAGCCCUGGCCAGCUUCCCUGGACCCCCGGCCCAUUGGCUCUAUGGGCACAGCUUUGAGCUUUCGUCUAUUUCCACCGUGUUCAAAAAGUCAGAAGCCUGGCUCUCUCAGUAUCCAUAUGCCUUUCCAUUGUGGUUUGGAAGGUUCUCUGCAUGUGUAAUAAUCAAUCACCCUGAAUAUGCAAAAACAUUACUGGCUAGAGGAGAUCCAAAGGAUAAUAUGAGCUAUCGAAACAUAGUCCCAUGGAUCGGAAAAGGCUUGUUGGUCUUACAUGGACCAAAGUGGUCACAGCAUCGAAAGAUGCUGACUCCAGGUUUCCAUUAUAACAUUUUAAAGCCAUAUGUGACACUGAUGGCUGAAUCUACCAAAGUGAUGUUGGAUAAAUGGGAAAAGCUGAUCACUCAGCAGAAAUCAGUGGAGCUUUUUGAACAUGUGAGCCUGAUGACACUUGACAGUAUCAUGAAAUGUGCCUUCAGUCAUAACAGUAACUGUCAAAUGGGCAGGGAGAACUCCUAUGUCAAAGCUGUCUUUGAACUUUGCUCCUUGGAAUAUGAGAAACUGAAUUCUAUCCUGGGCCAAAGCGAUCUGAUUUAUUGGUUCACUCCCCAGGGUUAUCGGUUUCGGAAGGCAUGCCAGGUUGCUCACCUUCAUACAGAAAAAAUCAUUAAGGCAAGGAAGGAGUCUCUAGGGGAUGAGGAAGAACUCCAGAAGAUCCAGCAAAAGAGAUACCUGGAUUUUCUUGACAUACUUCUCUUUGCAAAAGAUGAAAAUGGCAUUGGACUAUCUGAUGAAGAUAUACGUGCUGAAGUGGACACCUUCAUGUUCGAAGGCCAUGAUACCACAGCCAGUGGGAUUUCCUGGUUGCUGUAUUGUCUUGCAGUGAACCCAGAGCAUCAGCAGAGAUGUAGGGAGGAGAUAAAAUCCAUCCUGGGGGACCGUGGCACCAUUGAGUGGGAUGAUCUUAGCAAGAUGACUUACUGCACACUAUGCAUUAAAGAGAGCCUCCGCCUUUACCCUUCAGUACCAGGAGUAUCCCGAGAACUCACCAAACCUAUUACAUUUUUUGAUGGAAAGACUUUGCCUGAAGGGUCUUGGGUUGCAGUAAGCAUUCAACUCAUCCACAAGAACCCCAGCAUAUGGAAAGAUCCAGAGGUGUUUGAUCCUCAGAGGUUUACACCUGAAAAUGUAUCCAGCAGAAAUUCCCAUGCCUUCCUGCCAUUCUCUGCUGGUCCAAGGAACUGCAUUGGGCAGCAGUUUGCCAUGAAUGAAAUGAAAGUGGCUCUUGCCAUGACUUUGCUUCGAUUUGAUCUUUCACCCGAUCCUUUGAAGCCUUCACCUGUUCCUGUCCCUCAGAUUGUCUUGCGUUCUCUUAAUGGGAUACACAUUUGCUUGAAAAAAAUGUGAAUCUGAAACUUCAGAGGAAUUAAUAUGGGAUGGGAGAAGAGAGAGCUUAGUAGAGAGUGAGAGAAGACUGAAUUGGUUCUUUAUUAAAAUAAUUUGAGAACAAAUGUUUUAGUUUUGGGCUAUCAAAUGACAAUCUCCUUUUUUUAAAAAAGACAGGUAAGUUGAUUUCUACUCUGACUGCUAUUACUACUACUAUGUAAUGUCCAGAAUCUUGUUGGGGCAGUUAGGAAUGUGUCACUUAAGACUUUAUCACAUGGGGGAAAAUGGGGAUUUAAAAAAGGCAUUUUCCCAGGACAAUUGCGGCAAAGAUUUUCCCACACAUCACACUUAGAGAGAAUUUAUCCCAG